AUAAAUUUCAAUUGAAUAAAGUGGGAGAUUGAAAAAAAUAAUAAAUCAGUGGAGCUUCCAUCUUUGCACUCAAUUAAGUGAGAACAUUCUUAGAGUAAAGUACACGUAUACCAUCUGGAUAGUUAGGUCCAGCAAUAGAAUUUAGAAAAAAUAAAAAACAGGAAGUAGUGAAAAUAGUUUUGUUGAAAAGGAAAAGAAACAAAUCUAAACAAAAUGCUUAAAGUCUUCCUUUUGUGUGUGUUGGCUUUUGCUGUGGUAGCAGCUGUGCCUAAACCCGACGAAGUCGUUGGACAUAAUCCUUUGGAACAAGAUUCCUUGCAUGGCGCUCACUUUGCCCAUGGCAAACACAAUGCCCAGUAUGAUCAUGAACAAUUCUUGGGAGAAGAUGAAGCCAAAACAUUCGAUCAAUUGCCACCCGAAGAAAGUAAAAGACGUUUGGGUUUGAUAGUGGAUAAAAUUGAUGAAGAUAAUGAUGGUUUCAUUACCAUAUCGGAAUUAAAAAAGUGGAUUGAAUAUACCCAAAGACGUUACAUUGACGAAGAUGUCGACCGCCAAUGGAGACAACACAAUCCUGAUGGUAAUCUUACCAUUUCCUGGGAAGCAUACAGACGUGAUGUUUAUGGCUUUAUGGACAGUCUUACCAAAGACGAAAAGGAGCAUGAGGAAAAUGGCAUUUCUUAUCAGAACAUGUUGAACCGUGACCGCCGUCGUUGGGGUGUUGCUGAUCAAGACUUGGAUGAUGCUUUGACCAAAGAAGAAUUUACUGCAUUUUUGCAUCCCGUUGACCAUCCCACCAUGCGUGAUGUGGUUUUGUCAGAAACCAUUGAAGAUAUAGACAAGGAUAAGGACGGUAAAAUCUCCAUUGAAGAAUAUAUUGGUGACAUGUAUACCGCCCCUGAAGAAGGUGAGGAAGAACCCGAGUGGAUUAUAAGUGAACGUGAGACUUUUGCCAAAUUCCGUGAUGUCGAUGGUGAUGGUUUCUUGAAUCGCGAAGAAGUUAGAGCCUGGAUUGUACCCAACGACUUUGAUCAUGCCGAAAGUGAAGCCAAACAUUUAGUCUAUGAAGCCGACAACGAUGGCGAUGAACUAUUGACUAAAGCUGAAAUUCUUGAUAAGUAUGAUGUAUUUAUUGGUUCCAAGGCCACAGAUUUCGGUGAGGCUCUAGGACGCCAUGACGAAUUCUAAAUUUCAACUCGCUUACUUCGCUCAAUUAGCUACAGGCUCUGUAGCUGUUGGAUUGAUGAAAAUCUUUCUCGAAUACUCUCUGCUAUUUUUGUGCUUUACUUAAAUUUUAAUAUUAGUUUUAAAAAAACUUAGUUUAAUACUUUCCGGUUUGAUAGAAAGCAAACCGAAUGGAAAAACAUGUAUCAUGUGUCGUCAGUGUAUUUAAAAUUAUAUUCAUUAUAUCUCUUACUUUUUGCAUUCAAUCUAUGUAGAUAUAAAAUACAAACUAUGUAGAUUCAUAUAAAUUUGUAUGAAAAGCCAUUUAGAGAAGAUUGUGUUAAUGAAUAUAUGCAUUCUAUGCCAUGUGUAGAAUACCAAGAA